UAACUCGAGUUGUAUGUUGAAAAAAUAUUCAGUGUAAUAGACUAGGUUAUCUACCAUUUUUGUGAAAGACAGGGCAUGAUUAUAGUUUGGUCUCUGGAAUUAUUUAAUAAUUAUCGGUAAAGAUUCAAAGUCAAGAUGAAUUUAGCAGACGGACCAGGAUUCGCAUCGCGAUAUGAGGUGAUAUUGCUCGUUGCCAGAGUUUCUUUCGUUGCGGCGAUGGGAUUUUUCAGCAUGAGAUGGAUUAUGAAUCAACUUGAUCCUACUACACAAGCCAAAAAACAGGCUAAAAAGAAGGCAAAAGAUCAGCUACGAAGGCUUGCAGAAAAUGACAAUGUGCUUUCAGUAGAUAGUGAGAAUCUAACAGAUUACGAAAUGAUGAUUGCUAGUCACUUGGUUGACCCAAAUGAUAUCAAAGUUUCAUGGCAAAGCAUAGCAGGCCUAGAAAACAUAAUUCAAGAAUUCAAAGAAACUGUGAUACUUCCAAUCCAAAGGAAAGAACUCUUCGAAGAUUCGCAAUUAACACAAGCACCAAAGGGAGUACUGUUACACGGACCACCAGGAUGUGGCAAGACGAUGAUUGCAAAGGCAACAGCGAGAGAAGCUAGAACUCGUUUUAUAAAUUUGGAUGUGAGCAUUCUAACUGACAAGUGGUAUGGAGAAAGUCAGAAAUUAACCUCUGCUGUCUUUUCACUUGCUGUCAAAAUACAACCUUGUAUUAUUUUCAUUGAUGAAAUUGAUUCGUUUCUGAGAUCUCGUAAUUCCCAAGAUCACGAGGCCACCGCGAUGAUGAAAGCGCAAUUUAUGUCUUUAUGGGAUGGUCUAAUAACCGAUCCUUCCUGCACAAUUAUUGUUAUGGGAGCAACCAACAGGCCACAAGAUUUAGACAGAGCAAUUCUCAGACGCAUGCCUGCUACUUUUCACAUUGGAUUGCCAGACGAGCAACAAAGAAAAAAAAUUCUACACUUGAUUUUGGACAACGAACCAAUCGCAGAAGAUGUUGAUACCCUCAAACUAGCCAAAAUGACCGACGGCUUUUCUGGGUCGGAUUUGCAGGAACUUUGCAGAAAUGCGUCAGUUUAUCGAGUCAGGGAUUAUCUACGAAAUCACGCCCUAGAGACGAAUGAAAGUCAAGGAACAAGUACAGACGACGAAGAAUAUCACGAUGCCGUGCGUCCAAUAACGAUGGACGAUCUAUUAACGUCCUUGAAAAAAAUGAAAACCUCGAAAAUUCACACCGGUAGUCUAACCAUGGCAAAAUUGGACUUAGACUAAUGAACGGUUCGUUAAUUUAGCUAAACAUAGACUUUAUGGAGUGUUUUCGUUUUUUGUUUUAUAGGAAAACUGGAAGUGAUUCAAGGGGCGCGUUUAUAAUGUGUGGGAAAAAUCAUUGGAGCUUUGAAAAGUCGGGAGUGAGUUUGUGAUUUUUUUUCAGGAACUGCAGUGUGUACAAAUUCGUGUGACAAACUGAAUGCAUCGAAGCGAUCCACGUGUGCUUAUUUAGUAAAAAAUAAUUACUAUUAAAUGAGAAACAGAUAAAAAGUUUAUCGAUAAACCUAUUGACAUGGAUAAAAUAAGUAUUGCAGCUUAAAGAUUUUAUUAAUAUUAAUAUUACAAAUAUUGAUGUUAAUCGUAUUUAAAUUUAAAUCUCAGUUUUAAGUCAGAGGGAAAGUUUUAUCAAACUUUUGAUGGUACGAAUUCUUCGAGACUCUUUAAAGCCUUUAAAUUUACAAACAGAAAAAAGACAUUUAAGAUUAUGCCUCCUAAUGACACUGUUAAUUUACAUAACUAUUAUUAUUUAAUAUUUCUAUUACUAUUUUUGUUUACAUUGGGAUUUCUUUCUUCACCUUUCGCAAUAUUCGAGAGAGCUCUCCUUAAAAUAUUCACUUAUUUGUAAAUUCUACAAAUAUAAUAUUUAUUUAUUCCCACGAGAAUUUUAAUUGCAAGAAUUUAUGCCUAAAUUACUUUAAUUAUUCAUGAGUGAUCUGACAUUUAAUUUAAUGAAGUAAUUUUUUUAUUUUUUAUUAGGAUAAUUAGUUUUUAAGUUUUACUUUGUUGAUUGAAAAAAACUUAACAUUAUAAAAUGAGCAAAUGUCGUAUUCGUGAUUUCAUGCAGAAUUGCAUACAUUUCCAAACUAUAUUCGCUGUAAGAGUAAUGAUUAGAAUUUAAUAGAAUCAAACAUCAAUUUUGUUUAUGCAAUUGCACCGACAAUUCAUAAAAGGAGCUUGUAAAUACAUCGUAUUCUUAAGAGAAUUAUGAGUGUAAAUAAAGUUUACCAAAUUAAAACUUAAAGGAUAGAAACAAUUGUUAAUUGAAUUCAUAUUGUGCGUUUAUUAUAUACAUUCCUGGCGAAUAAAUCAAAUUCAAUAUGAAAAU